AUGCGCAUCAUGGUACAUUACCUCGCAGAAGCCCAGCUGGUGCCGAUCUUUCUGCUUACAUUAUCUGCUCAGGUAGAUUUCAAGCAUGACAAACUGACCGUCUGCUGGCGACCACCGCCUGUCCACGAAUCCAACAAGAACUUCCCCGUUGUUGACUACACCGUCUACUAUAAAGAGAUACCGAACUUCCCUCUCAUGGGAGGCGAUAUCGGCGUCCCACUUCUAAAUGGCGACUACUCGGAGUUUGGAGACAUCGACGAUGACGUCGACUAUGUGAAUCCGGACGGCACCACUGAAAGGCCUACAGAUCGAACUCGUAGGGAAGACAGGGGAGUUCUGAACCUGCAACCACCUGAGGGACAACCGGGCAUACCAAAGACGCUGAGUGUGAGAUUGAGGCGAAAGCGUGACACGGUGGUGGUGAUGACAAGAGAUGAAGCAACGAACUCCACUACUAUUCGCGAAUUCAACUUCCAAAGCAUAAACACGACAAACACUUGCCAAACCAUCACUGAUCUACGCUCUUCCACUCGAUACAUCGUCUAUGUGACCUCACGGAACGAAUACGGUACCAGUGUACCAAGUGUGCGUUCGAUUGCCAGUACAAAUGUGCACAUGCUGAAGAACAACGACAGUAUCCCUGAUGUGAUGAAAUGCUGCCAGGAAAACAAAGUGUCCGAAUUCUGCAGUUCGAAGAUGUGUGCUGUGGAGACGUCGCCGAACGCCUUUGCUACUGUCUCCAUCGCCACCACUUGCCGAAGCGAAUGGCCAAAGGUCUCUCCAUGCUUGGCUGAUGGCCGUAAUCACACCGAGUGUUGUCGCAGAAAGGGUGUUCAAAACGAUUGCCUGCCGAUUUGUGCUGGAUCGACUGAGUCGCUGGGCGUUCACUCCGUGCUGUGUCUUAACCUUGAUCUUCAAGCCAUUUAUCAGUGUCUUCGAGAGGGCUACGAGUCACAUCCAUCUCCUCCCGUCAACGUGUCGGUCACUUCUGUGAGCGAGUCCUCAGCUGAAAUCACAUGGGCUGAGCCAGAUUCCAAUGCGCACCUCGUCGAGACUUACACCUUGCUCAUCCGUAAAGUUGAGCAUGGCGCUAGAGUGCACAAUGCAGUCUCUCCCCAUACUGAAAUUGGCCUGGAUCCCGACAGCGAAUAUUCGGUAUCAGUGAGAUCGAACUCGCAACGAGGCAUGUCAUUGCCCUCCACCGCUGUUCUGUUCUACACGAAAUCGGACAGUCGCGGAGUGUGCGCCAUCGGGGAACCGUUGCUGAUCUCAGAAGGACGGCCUUUCCUCUGCAGCUCCAGCCACCCGUGCCCGCUCGGCUUUCAGUGCACCGACGUCGAGGAUGAGGCGUAUUGUUGCCAGAAAGAGGGCGGAAACUUGGACGUUGACUUCGAAGACUGCUGUCGCCACCAGAAUGUAACACCUAACUGCCUCUCAGCGUGCCGCUUCAAUACAACUCUCCCUGAGAACUGUCAACAUGACAUGAACAAGUGGGUGCAGUGCGCCUCCGAGGGUCGCGACCAUUCACGAUGUUGCGAGAAGGAAGACGUGCCGAAGGAGUGUCUCACAGGCUGCCGACAUCCUUUCCAGGUCGCGGACGUAUGCUUCCACUCCUUGUCAAAACUCUCCACUUGCUUCUCUGCUCCUCAUGUGGGCAUGCCGAGUGCGGUUCGACGACUAAAGAUAACUGAGGUCACUCCGAAUUCGGCUCUUCUCUCCUGGGAGGACGCAGAUUAUGGAGUCACAGGAUAUAAAGUCGAGGUGUUUUCCAAUAACGCGUUGGUGAGCUCGUCUGAUGUCGCGACGGAAAGCUAUCGCAUUGAAAACCUCACCCCAGCCAGCGAAUAUAGUGCUCGAGUGACGUCAGUGAACAAUCACGGCAGCAGUCCUCCUUCAUUCAAUGCCACAUUUACCACUCUUCCUGCUAAGGUGCUGGACGGGGAUCGCCCGAAGGCUCCCGAUGGUCUCAGUGUGGUCUGGAACUACGGAAAUCGGGUGAACAUUUCUUGGAAUCCAGUCACCUCUAGAAUGGAUGACAGUGCUGUCGGUGGCAUUGUGGCUUACACUCUCUACUACGUGGAAGCGGAAAAAACCGGACAGUGGACAACGCUGCAAACGAACAACACCUGGGUGGUGAUGAACGACUUGAAACGAGAUGCUCUUUAUUCACUUUAUGUGAUGGCCACCGAAAAUGGCAAGACGAGUAGAAGCUCAUCCGUCGUCACCGUACUUGCACAACCAGUCGGUCCAGUCGCCAAGAUGGGACAAAGAGAAGGUGGCGCGCCUCUCGACGAUCAAUCAGCCGAUAUCAGCCCUGUACUGUGA